UUGCAUUGUUUCAAAAUGCAGCAAGUGAUUAUUUUUUCGUUACUUUUGCUGAGCGCCUGCGCGCUCGCUGCGCCAUCGCAGCAGCUGGAGCUACAAUUACCACCGGAUCCACAAUCGCAGCGCGCCACCGAUCUCGUCGUCACGCCCAUCAAGCCUGUCACGAAUGAGAAUCGCUAUACGACGCUCAAUCCGGACGUUAAGCUGAUCGCCCUCAAUAAGGUGAAGCAUGCCAAGGGCAACAUGGUAUUCAGCUCAGGCGAGCGUAUAUCAGGCGACAAGCUGCUGGUCAACAACUAUGAUGACGAGAGCUUCACCACCGCCGUGGACGUCGAGGUGCUCAUGUCCUAUGCAUCGAAAAGCGGCAGCGCCAUCACCUUGACCAGCAUCGAGAUCUACGUGGACACAACGGCCGAUGAUGCGAGUGCCUAUUUCACGGCCGGAGGCAUUGGCAGCAGCGAGGCAUCCAUACUGCUGGCGUGCAAUCAGACGCGCACCUUCUCAUAUGAAGCCGUCUUCUACGGUUACUAGACUAGAGAGCAAAUUGAGAGCAAAUAAAACAGCAUCAUCAACUUGGAACUGAACUGUGAUCGCGAUCGCCAUCGUCAGCGCUAACACUAACGCUAAUGCCAUAUCCCAUCCCAUUCUUCUCUCAGAGGGACAAGUAUUAUAGAGCUAAAUUUGAAUUAAAGCA